UGUCAAGAAAUACAUUGAUGGCGGCAAAACCGACAUGGGAUUAAGAAAAAAAAUAGGCUGCGGUUCAGUGCUCCCGGAAAUAACCUACGCUAAUCUUAAAAAUGUAGACUCUGUAAUAUUGUUUUGUGUUGAAAUUAGUUUGUUUUAAAUUAGUUUCCAAAAUGGCCAUGGAAAAGCAUUACACGUUACGGGACACCCACACCCGUGCUAUCACUGCAAUCGGAUACAACUCGGCAAGGAGAGAGAUCUUAAUAGGUUGUGAAGAUGGAGUGAUAAAGUUUUGGGAGUCUGAGGGUGGGAAGCUAGUGAUGACAGCUUAUGAACACAAAGGAUGGGUGACUGAUUUCCUGUUCUGGGCAAGUCCCAAAUUGAUGUUAUCUGCUGCCAAUGAUGGCAACAUUAUAGCUUGGUCUACUGGAGGAACAGUUUAUGACAGAAUACCAAUUGGUAUGCCUGUCUACUGUAUGGCCAUUAACCAUAGACGGGAACAGUUAGUGUGUGGAGUGAAUGGAAGUGUUCGCGUAUAUGACCUAGAUGAAGAGAAGGAAUCUGGUCACGUGAUUAAUACAGAGGUUUUAUAUGUUGCUAGGGAGCAUACUGAUAUCGUUAGAUGUAUUUUGUGUCAUGAAUCUAGAAUUUAUUCUGCAGGAUAUGACCAGAAGAUUGUGAUCUAUGACUCAUCAUACACUCGAGACAACAGUUUGGCACCAUUACAUCAGCACCCCAAAGCUCAUGAUGCAGGGAUUUGUUGUAUGUUGCUAGAAAAAGACAACGAAAAUAACCAGUGGUUGAUGACUGGUUCUUUUGAUAAGACUGUAAAGAUCUGGUCCAUAGAUGGAAAGUUCACACACAAGCUUGACAAUUUCCUUGCCACCAUUUCUGGAAUUUGCUAUGUGCCUCGUAACAAGACUGUAUGGGUAGCUGGUGGAACAUCGUAUGCCAGUCUCUUUGAUCCCAAGUCCGGGGAUAAUGUAUCAGAUUUUAUUGGAACCUUCCAACAGCAGGAGGAAGAAAAAUAUCAAUUGCAGAUUUUGAAGUACAUUCCAGAGCUGAAUGAGGUCAUUGCCUCCACGAGUCGUCGACAUCUGGUGGUGUGGAAGUAUAAUCCCUCUGGUUGUAUCACAGCUCUCAAGUGUUCCAGCAAUCUAGAGAGCCUCUGUUACACUAAGAAGGUACCUAUAUUAAUAUUUUCUGGUGAUAAUGAAGGAGUGAUUAUUAAGUGGGAAAGAAUGCAGUCUAACCAUUUCAUGUACAGUAAGGAACUUUAUCAGCUGAGUGACAACAAACUAAAAAAGCAGAAAAAAGUGGGUAGUAAGGCGAGAGAGCUGUUAUUAGAGCAGCAACUGAACCAAUCCCCAUCCAAACUGUUCAAUGAUACCCAGCCAUCAAAAGUAGAUGCAUCCAAACAGAAAAUCAACAAUGUCAAAAGUCAUUAUGCUUACAAUAAACCACUUAUACCACCGCCAUCAGUACAUAACCACCCCAAUACAACCAUACUAAAGAUCGUGUUUGUGGAGAGAUUUGACUACAUCAUAGCAGCCUCAGAGGACAGCAAUAUAUAUGUUUGGGCAUUUGACUCGGAUGCAGUGAAAGCAUUGAAGGACAUGAAACCAAUGGAUAUGGAAAAGCUGGUGGCUAAAUAUAGUAUCCUACUGGACCCUGACUCUGAGCUGCUACCCCAAAAUAAACCCAACACACUGGAAGAGGACGAGUCAUCCGAGGAAGAAGAAAUAAGCAGUGUUAAAUCGGAGAGUGACUCUGUGACAAAUCGAGUGGCAGGAUUUGUGUGUAAGUUUGUGUUUGCGGAGCACAUGAGUUGCGUUACCAGUAUGGUAGUGAUUGGGAAGGAGCAUGGUAUGGACACAACAUAUCUGUUGAGUGGUGGUUGGGAUAAGAGAAUCUGUAUUUGGGAUCUAGAAAAGGGAACCUUGGAGGGUACUUUCCGUAACACUGCCCCGGGUGCUGCCUAUGAGAGUCUAGAAUUUGCUUGUGAUGGGGUUAUCAUGGAUAUGGACUACUCACCAAAACACAAAGAAUUUGCCUAUGCCUCCAGUGACAAAAUGGUAUAUAUAAGAAAAUUUUCCACAAAUGGUGCUAAAAUGACUUUGGUAAACACAUUACAAGGUCAUGAAGGUGAAGUUACUUGUGUACGCUGGAAUAUACAUGGUAAAGGAUCAUGGGUGACUGGGUCAGAAGAUGGAACUAUCCGAAUCUGGGCUGGACAUGGUUUAAAUGAGUGUGAACAAAUUCUGGCUGCUCAAGGAGGAGUGUGUUGUAUGUGUAUAGAUAAACUGAAUGGAAGUAUUGUAGCUGGUAUACAAAACACCAUCAGGGUAUAUGACAGUGAACAUUACCGCCUGGUUCAGACAAAUCUGGGUCAUACUGAUGCUGUUCGGAGUAUCAUCCACAUCCCAGAGAGAAAUCAGUAUGUCUCAUGUUCCUGGGAUCAAACGAUCCGUGUCUGGAAUUCCUGGAAAAAACCAAAGAGAAGAGUGAUUCCAAAGAAUGAAAACAAACACAUGACCUUGAACUCUGGAGAUGGUGAUAAACCCUUGUCUGCGGAGAAAAAAGUGGCAUUUUCUGACAUCGACGCAGAGGAAGAGAUGGCAAAGAUCCCUGAAGAAGAUGAAGAAGAAUUACAAGUUGAGGAGGAGCCCUAAGUGGAGGAGGAGCCGUAAGUGGUAAAAACAAGACCAUUCUGUGCCAUAAUAGCAAGUGUGAUAUAAAACAAAAUCCAUUCCAUGUGAUAGCUUAUCAUCAAAUAUCAGCCAUAGGGUGUGAUAUAGGGCUGUAUUUGUUAGUGCAAAUUUUGGGAUUUAAUAAAUCAAUAAUUAAGUGUUUUGAUUUUUGUGAUCAGACAUGAAUUGAUUUGUUUGAGUUGACCUGUAUGGGCUAUUUUACAUUACAUGUAUAAUCUAUGUCUUUUGUAUUUUUUAUUGAUGAAAUAUUAUUUGUAUGGACAAAUCUUCCAUAUAUAUGUACAUGGAUGUAUGAAGAUUACUUACUUUAUGGUUAUAUAUAUUUACAAGAGUCUAUAUUU